UCAAAAUGUUAGUUACUCAUUGAUUUAGAAAUUGCGAAAUACUUCACAAUAAACGAAUAAAAAUACGGAACAUUUUCAAAAAAAAAACAGCGAGCUUUUCUAUUUCAAUGGAAGAUGAAUACUUUUGGAAAAAGAAUGGAAGACCUCCAGUCGAAAAAGACAAUGAUAGGAAUUCAAUUGCCAAACUUUGUCUCUCCCAUUUAAAAAAAUCUGCAUCAAUCAUGAAGACAACUUACAGUGACUGCAUUUCCAACAAAGCAGAAUCUCCGGAUGAUUUCCAGUCCAAUGUAAUUUAUUCAAUCAAUAAAAAAUCUAGAUGGGAGAUCGAAGAAUCAAUUGGAGUUGAUCUGCUUGAUGAAUUGAGUAAAUUGAAUAUUGGUUGGAAUGUUAUAAUUGUUGAAAGAAUUGUUUUACAUACUUUCUCAUGGCCAGUAUGCAUUUGUGAACCACUCUCGGAAACAUUUGAAAACUUCUAUGCCAUUCGAACUUUUCAUUAUCUGACUGGAGGCAACGAAUAUCAUCGAACAUCCAUUAAUUCUAUUUUUGGGAAACUUUACUCAAGUUUCUUGAAAGAAUGCCCCGUGGAAAUAGAUGGAGCAGACACUAAAAACGAGUGUACACCAUCUAUAACCUACAAUAUUUUAAGAGCACCAACAAACUAUUUAGUUCUUCUGAAAAAACAGUUUCAAGAUAGCAAUUUUGGACAUGAUUGGCCUCGAGUUGGAUAUUGGAAACGUCUUGAACGUCAUAAAGAGAGUGUUCUACAGUUGAGAUAUGAAAAAAUUGAAAAUUUAAAUGAAGAUUAUGAGCAUGAUGAGCACAUUGAUCCUGAUUUGGAUCAUCAUUUGAAGUUGAAAUCCCUGUGCUAUAAUUUGGAGGAACACGUUGUCGAUAGGUUUACAUUUGUAAAGAGAAGGAGACGGGUCAAAACAAGUACAUGUAAUAAUUAGAGUUUUUGGAAAUCAAUUGACAUUUUAAAAAAUCAUUUAAAAAAUCUAUAAAACUUCGAACUUUGUAGUACAUGUAAAGCGUUUUUAAUGAAGAAGUUCUUUCUGUAAUUUAUUAAAGAAAUGUA